UGAUAUAGUUUGACGGGGGGAUGAUCCGGUGUUUUAGCAGCAUCUGCUGGCGGACAGCAACACAUUCCAACAGGGCUUCCUUAGCACCGACGCGACGAGCCACGCUUCCUUAGCAACGGCCUGAUGUAAACAUUGCAGUGAGCAAAAUAAAAAGGAAAAUCAUAAGGUUUUCACUGUUGAAAGGUAUGUUUACACUUAACAGGCAUCACGCAGCUGUUGAACUUUAUGGUGGAGAGUAGGUAAACUGAUUUGUUGUAGUGGUAAAUCAUGGAAGGAGUUUGACUUGGUCACCUGCUGGACUCUGGACUAGUAUACAGUUGGACAUACACAAACAGGGGAUCAUGACACAGAAUGAAAAGCAGAGACUAACUGGAGACGAAGAAAUUAUAAAAGAGCUGUGUGUGUCUAAUGGACUCUGCUAUGAGAAGGUGGGUCAGGAGGGGUGUGGUGAAAUGGUUCUGGAGAUGUUUUUCUCUGGUUUCCCGCGCAUGGUGGGCCUCUCUCUCUUUCCCAGACUGUCCAGUCUCACUAUUAUAGGCCAGAGCAUUAGCUCAAUCCACGGUCUGGAGUAUUGCCCACUCCUCAAAGAAUUAUGGGUAGUGGAGUGCAAACUGAAUGAAAUCUGUGGCCUACAUAACUGUGUGCAUCUGCAGAAAUUAUUUCUGUACGACAACAACAUCCAGCAGAUCACAGAUCUAGAGAUGUUGGUCGACCUUCACAUUCUGUGGCUUAAUAAGAACCAGAUCUCUGACAUACAGGGAUUGAAUUCACUUGUAAGCCUUAAGGAGUUGAAUCUUGCUGAUAAUGCUAUUGAGACUCUUGGUCAUAGUUUGGAUCCCAACAUCAAUCUCCAAAAUCUAAACCUCUCAGGGAACAAAAUCAGUUCCUUCAAGGAACUGACCCAUCUGGCUCGGCUGCCCCGACUAAGACACCUGAGUCUGAAGGACCCUCAGUCCAUUCCAAACCCGCUGUGUCUGCUCUAUAAUUACUACAUACACGUCCUAUAUCACAUGCCACACCUUCAACGCCUGGACACAUAUGACAUAUCCAGCAAACAUCUCAAAGACACUGCAGAGUCUACAGUGCUGAAGAAAAUGAUGUAUUACACCAUGCGGGAACGUUGUGCGCUAAGACAGUUUGAUGACCUUAAAGCCAAGUUCAGGCAGCAGAGGAGAGACCAGAUACAACUACCAGAGGAGAGAAUUCGAGUGCUAACACGUGUGUUUAGAAAUGUGGAAUGUGAGCUGUCCCAUGUACAGUCUGCUGGUAAGAGAGAUCCUGAAGACUUGACCUCUGACCUUCGUAAUGACCACAGCAAUGAGCAGAGACUGCAGCACAAACUGAAUGCUCUUAAAGACCGACUGAAGUUCUGGAAGCGGCACCUGGAGGAGGUAGAAGCAUUUCACCAACAUAAUGUGGCCUUGGCCUCAGAUAGAAGGGAUAUUACGGUGCACUUUUUGCUGUUGGAGCUGGAAACCGUGGGGAACAUUCGCUUUGAGGAGGGAAACACUGGCGAACCUUGGUUCACGUCAUGUUACGAUCUCUUGCUGUCUCGUUUCUGUGCGUGGGAUUAUAAACCUCACCACAUCACUGGCAUUAAAAUCAAUCGAAUCAUCCGUAUCCAUAACCGAGCCCUGCGGCAACGCUUCCAGGACAAAGUACACUCUCUGCUAUGCAGACAGGAACCUUCACCUUACUCACAGAACUAUAAAUGUUGCAUGGAGUAUCUGUUCUACGUGCCCGAUCCAGAACAUUCCUGUGAAAGCGAUGAGAUACUACAAACCCUAGAAAAUGGUUUUAAAACCGCUAAUGCAUAUAAGGCGUUAGGCAGAGAGAGAGCCAUCCCCCUCACUAACAGUGUGAGUGUGUCUGAUCGACUGCGAUUGACAUUUAUGCAGAAGAAGAGUUGCUCAACAUCAGGAAGUAACCCUGUAGACCGUCUUCCCUUCAGACAUGGUCAGUUGAUCAUUUCUAAAGUGUUCCUGGGCCGCAGUGCUGCAGCAAAGGAAGGUCUCCUAAUAGACUGUGAUCAUUACCCUAAAGCGAACUCUGUCUACCUCAGUACCUGCUCUAAAGGGCAAAAACUCACAGCACAAACAGCCCCUGACUUGCUGGGUCUCUCCAGCCUGCCAGACAGCUGUGACUGUAGACAGCAGCAGAAACUGUGGUACAUGUUUGACCAUGAAAUGGUCCUGCCAGAGUACCUUGUAGACUUUGAAUAUGUAACAAAGGACACAUCCCAGCCCUCUCCAGACUUCCCGUCCAGUUCUCAUACAUCCCCCGCUGAUGCCCCAUCUGUGUCUCUUGCUGAGCUGGACCUGGAUGAGGAGGCAUUAAAAAUGGAACCCAUCCUGAAGCCUCACCCCAAGCUGCUCAGCAUAGAUGAUCAAUCUAUUCUGACAGUGGCCAGAGCAAAUGUCCUCAGUCAGAUCACAGUACUGAAUCUACAUGGCAACAGUCUGAAUAAACUGCCUGAGAUUUCUCGACUAACGGCUCUAAAGCAUCUGACCCUCAGCUUCAAUGAGUUCACUCAUUUGGAUGAUAUUUCACACAUGGAAACGUGUGAAUCAGAAACUGCUAAAGACGUGUUUGGAGGGCGGCUCAAUGCAGAUAUGGUGGCUGAGAAGCUGGGCCAUACCAACUACAGAGACCUGUCAGAGCUCAACCUGCAGUCCAGCUCAGUCAGGAUGGUGGAUCUUGCUCCUGCUGAUUUGUUCAGUAAUUUACGCAGUAUUAAUCUAGAACACAAUAACCUCACCUCAUUCAGCGGUCUCAUCUUCCUGCCCAACAUUAAGGUGUUGUCUCUGAACUAUAACCACAUUGAGUCAAUUCUGCCACGUCAAAAAGUUCAGAAUCACAUGAGCAACAAGCAGAUUCUCUAUCAUAAAGUCAGUUCCAGUGGAUAUGGGCAGCAAAACAGCAGGCCCAGCAGGGAGGGACCAACUGAUAAUCUGGAGCCUCUGAUGUCCAGUUUGGAGGUUUUGCAUUUAGGUUAUAAUGGUAUAUCCAACCUGAUCAAUCUACAGAUCAGCCGACUGACUAACCUCAGAGCACUGUUCCUACAAGGGAAUGAUAUCAGUCAGGUAGAUGGACUGGAUGGUUUGCGGAGACUGCGUGAGUUGGUUCUGGAUCGAAAUCGAAUUAAAUCUUUGAGUGAGAACUCAUUCUGUGGACAGAGAGUUCUGCUGGAUUUGCACUUGGCAGAGAAUCGCAUCCGUGAACUGAACCACCUUCUGCCUCUCACUGAGCUCCGGAGACUGUUCUUAGACAUGAACAAAAUGCAGUUUGAGUGCUUGAGUGAUUUGUUCAGUAAUUUACGCAGUAUUAAUCUAGAACACAAUAACCUCACCUCAUUCAGCGGUCUCAUCUUCCUGCCCAACAUUAAGGUGUUGUCUCUGAACUAUAACCACAUUGAGUCAAUUCUGCCACGUCAAAAAGUUCAGAAUCACAUGAGCAACAAGCAGAUUCUCUAUCAUAAAGUCAGUUCCAGUGGAUAUGGGCAGCAAAACAGCAGGCCCAGCAGGGAGGGACCAACUGAUAAUCUGGAGCCUCUGAUGUCCAGUUUGGAGGUUUUGCAUUUAGGUUAUAAUGGUAUAUCCAACCUGAUCAAUCUACAGAUCAGCCGACUGACUAACCUCAGAGCACUGUUCCUACAAGGGAAUGAUAUCAGUCAGGUAGAUGGACUGGAUGGUUUGCGGAGACUGCGUGAGUUGGUUCUGGAUCGAAAUCGAAUUAAAUCUUUGAGUGAGAACUCAUUCUGUGGACAGAGAGUUCUGCUGGAUUUGCACUUGGCAGAGAAUCGCAUCCGUGAACUGAACCACCUUCUGCCUCUCACUGAGCUCCGGAGACUGUUCUUAGACAUGAACAAAAUGCAGGACAUUUUAGAGUUGGAGAAAUUGGAGGUGCUUCCUUCUCUUAUAGAACUGUCUGUAAUGGGCAACCCAGUGGCACGGCGAUCACUGCACAGGCCAGCAGUGGUACUGCAUUUGUCUACACUGCAGGUUCUGGAUGGCAUGACAGUCACCCUGGAAGAAAGAACUAGAGCAGAGCUUUUAAAUAAUGAAGCACAGGGUUCUAGUUCAGGUGGUGAAAUGACUUUACCCGGUUUGGUACCAUUGGUGGCCCGACCAGCUCCUUUAAGAGGUACAGGCAUACACACUCUCGUACCUGAUCAGCAAGAAGACACACAUGAUACCAGCAGAUAUAAGAAGCAGAAGACAGUUGUCUCUCUCUUGCGUGGAGUUCAGAGUUACAUCAACUUCAGGCAGAUAAAAGGAUCUUCCAGCCACUACAUGACAGCGCUGCAGCAGACCGGAUAUAGAGUUCUCUCCACUUUCCCUAACACUGAUCCUGAGACCGGGUACCAGUGUCACAGUGUACCCAGACCUCCUCCUCCUCCUCCUCCUCCUCCUCUGUAA